AUGAUUUUAUACAAAUCGAGGUGCUGCCUUUCCCAGCAACAUUGCAAGUGCGAGCGGCGUUUUCGGCCCGUUUGUGGCUCGGAUGAGAUCACCUAUGACUCCGAGUGUCAUCUACAUUGUGAAAGGCAAAUGAAAACGGACCUUCGUUUACUCUAUUCGGGAACGUGUUGCCCGAAAAAUGCUUGCCCAUCCGUAAAUUCACCCGUUUGCGAUAAUUUUGGUAGAACCCACCAAAACGAGUGUCGUUUUCAUUUUCACAAAUGCUUGGCAAAGAAAUUGCAAAACAAGAAGCUCUACAUACAGCAUAUAGGAGAAUGCAGACCAGACGAGCGACAAGAUGAGGAUUGCACUGCGAUUUUCUGCGAUCAACAAACUGAUGGACCAGUUUGCGAUCAAUUCGGGAACACUCACAACUCGACGUGCAAAUUUGAUCAAGUGAAUUGCGAGCGAAGAAAUCGUGGAAAUGAAGAGAUCGCUUUGGCAUAUCAUGGCCGAUGCAGAAAUGAGACAGAAAUUGCAGAAAAGGAAUUGCUUCUCGUAAUGACUCAUCUAAACCUCUCGACAACCGAAAUCCCGACGAUAAAGAAGCCAAAAAAGUUGAAGAAGAUCAAAAUCGGGAAAAAGACUCCAUCGAUCGAUCGAAAAGCUUUAGCGAGCAAAAUCCGCUCACAAUCAGAAGGGAAAAGAUUGGAAGUAUCGAAAUUUGAAGAGAUGAAAAAGGAAGAACAAGACGAACAACCAUUUUCUGCGAUUUCGGCGAUUUUUGGAGAGGAUGAGAAUCUCCCCUGGGAUCUCUCGAUUCGUUGUUCAGCUGUUUCAUGCAAAAAAGAUUGGCAUCCAGUGUGUGAUCACCAAGGAAGAACCCACAAAAAUCCGUGUCUCUUUCAAUUUUUCGCUUGUAAACUCUAUCGACAUGAGGGGAUUAUUUUGGAGAUUUCUCACCAAGGAGAGUGCAAAGAUACAAAGGUUUACAAAGGCGAUGAUGAGCCGUGUGGUGUUUGUUCGACGGCCCGCGAGAAGACUCCCGUUUGCGAUAAUAGAAAUCAAACUCAUCCCUCACUUUGUCACCUCGCCGUUUGGAACUGCCAAAUGGAAAGAAAAGGCGGCGAUCGACGAGUUUUGGUCCAUAUUGGAUCAUGUCACAAGGAGAGUCCCAUUUUCACGGAAAAGGAAGAAACUUGCCCCGAGCGUUGCCCCGAAGAGACUCGUCCGGUUUGCGACGAGAAAAUGAUUGAGCACAAGAAUCUUUGCGCGUUUCAGAUGAAAAACUGUGUCGAACGGAAAGCGGGCGGAAAAGCCGCGCAUCUCGUCAGUUUAUCGCCGUGUCCAAACGAGAAAAACGAAUCGAAUACCAAAGAGAACAAAUGCUUUGAAACAAAAUGCUCAAAUGAAUCUCAACCAAUUUGUGAUUCGCAAGGGAAUCAACACUUAAAUUUGUGUCUCUUUGAACGAGAGAAAUGCAAAGCUGAGCUGAAAGGGAUCAGAUUGAAGAUCGAGCGUUUCGACAAAUGUGAAAAGUGCAAAUCCGACUGUUUUGGAGUUGACGUUGACGCAAAAUCGCCAAUCUGUGCCAAUGAUUACGUCACUUAUGACAGCGAUUGUCAUUUUCAAAAGGCCAAGUGUAUGAAUGACAGUCUAGCGGUGCUUUUUAAAGGUAGUUGCUCUUUAUGCUUUCACGAGGAAUGUCCUUUGCUUGGCAAUGAUGCUCCCGAUGGGUCGCUUGUCUGCGAUCAAAAUGGACAAACACGAUCUCGCUGCGAGUUCAACGCUCUCCACUGUGUACUUACGCAGAAUUUCGGCUACAAUUUGAGUGUGCUUCAUGAAGGCCGUUGUUGUGCUUCAUUGGAUAACUGUGCCACAGCUCCCUCAAAUCCUUUGUGUGCCUCGGAUGGACUCACUUAUUCGAACAUUUGUCUCUUCGAGAUUGCCCGGUGUCAGAAAAUGAAGAAAAUGGGAAUCGAGCUUUUAAUGAUCAAUGAGGGAGCUUGUGCAAAUACGACCAAAAAGGUUACACCAAGAGCCUCCGAUUCAUCAGAACAACAAGGAAAUGACAUCAAUCAAUUCCCCACUCCACAACCGAUGAGCGAAAGUUGUGAUUUCGCGGAGAAAUGCGGCCACGAGUAUUCGCCGAUUUGUGGCUCUGACAAUAAAAUCUACACAAAUGCGUGUGAAUUGAAAGAAGCAAAAUGUUUAAAAGACUCAUCAUUGACUGUACAAUACGUCGGAGAGUGCUGUCAAGAGGAUUGUCCCGUCAAUUGGAGUCCCGUUUGUGAUAGCGAUCGGAAAAGUCAUCAGAACUUGUGCUUCUUUGGCUUGGCUCGUUGUCUAGAGGAGAGAAAAUUCGGCCGAAAUCUGACAAUCUCGAAGUUCGAUCUUUGCGAAAACGAGAUUCCAUGCAAAGAGUGCACAAAAGUUUAUGAACCAAUUUGCGCGAAUAAUGAAGAGACAUUUGUGAAUGAAUGUGAAUUGGAACGAUACAAUUGCUUGAUUGAGAGGAGAAUCACGAGUGGGCAAAGGGUGCACAAAGGGUAUAGUGGUGAAUGCUGUUCAACAAAACCUUGCCCUCUCACCUAUGAUCCCCUUUGUGAUUCCCACGGCCGAACACAUCCAAAUCAAUGCGCUUUUCAGCAACAUCAAUGCAAAUUGAGAAAAACGGAGAAUGAAACCAUUGAAAUCGCAUAUAAAGGUCAAUGCUGUGGUCAACCUUGCGAAGAAACGGUUCAUCCAGUUUGCGAUGGAACCAAGACACACUCGAAUAUGUGCAAGUUUAGAGUGGCUCAAUGUGAGGCGGAACGAGUGGGUGAAGUCCUCUUGUUGGCGUAUGCGGGAGAGUGUUGUACAAUGGGACAAGGUGACUGCGCGAAAAGCGGUCAUUUAUGUGAUUCGGACGGACAAACGCAUGCCGAUCUGUGCCAUUUCAAAGAGAAACAGUGCAUAAUGGAAAGGAAUCGACUCAAGAAUAUUACGAUAGUGCAUACAGGCGAAUGCUGCAAGAUUGAAUCGUGCGACAAAACGGUGGACCCGGUUUGUGACUCGAAUGGGGGAACGCACGCGAGUUUGUGUCACUUCAAGAAUACGAAGUGUAUCCACGACAAGCUCCACCCGAACAAUACAUUACAUUUCGAGUAUACUGGUGCUUGUUGUGCCUCAAACUGUCCCGGAGAUUGGGAACCGGUGUGCGAUCAACACGGAAGAGUUUACAAAAAUAACUGCUUUUUCCAACUGAAGAGUUGCGAAUUGCGGAGAAGAUCUGGCGGUGUCCUCUUAGAGACUCCAUGUCCUGAUCGUCGGACGAGAAGUUACAACUUGAAAUCCCUCAACGGACAUCACAAUUUCCCCGUUGGAAGUCGAAUCUAUCAUGUU